CCGGCUCCAGAAAGCUCAUUUAGAACCAGGAAGCAUCUGGACUCACAUGAGCCGGUCUCCUUCCAUUCAGGUGGUUGGAUGAGUUGCAGACAGCAUCAGACCUGAGAGCAGCGAUCAGGCACUGAGCCGGACGGCGCCGCCAACAGGGGAGGCAGGCUACCAUCAUGGCGGACGUGGACCCAGACACCUUGCUGGAGUGGCUGCAGAUGGGUCAGGGUGAUGAGCGGGACAUGCAGCUCAUAGCUCUGGAACAGCUGUGCAUGCUGCUGCUUAUGUCGGACAAUGUGGACCGCUGCUUUGAGACAUGUCCUCCUCGGACCUUCCUGCCAGCGCUCUGUAAGAUCUUCCUGGACGAGAGCGCGCCCGAUAAUGUGCUGGAGGUAACGGCCCGAGCCAUCACGUACUACCUGGAUGUGUCGGCAGAGUGUACCCGAAGGAUUGUGGGGGUGGACGGAGCCAUCAAGGCGCUGUGCAACCGCCUGGUGGUGGUUGAGCUCAACAACAGGACGAGCAGAGACCUGGCGGAGCAGUGUGUGAAGGUGCUGGAGUUGAUCUGCACCAGGGAGUCCGGCGCCGUCUUCGAGGCCGGAGGUCUGAACUGCGUGCUGAGCUUCAUCAGAGACAGCGGACACCUCGUCCACAAGGACACGCUUCACUCCGCCAUGGCUGUCGUUUCCCGCCUCUGCAGCAAGAUGGAGCCUCAAGACUCGUCCCUGGAGACGUGUGUGGAGUCGUUAUCCAGUCUCCUCAAACAUGAGGACCACCAGGUGUCAGAUGGAGCUCUGCGCUGCUUUGCCUCGUUGGCCGAUCGGUUCACCCGUAGAGGAGUUGACCCCGCCCCCCUGGCCAAGCACGGCCUGACGGAGGAGCUUCUGUCCCGCAUGGCGGCUGCUGGCGGCAGCGUGUCGGGCUCUUCCUCGUCCUGUAAACCAGGCCGGCCUUCCACGGGCGCCACCCCUUCUGCUGCCGACUCCAAACUAAGUAACCAGGUGUCGACCAUCGUCAGCCUGCUGUCCACGCUGUGUAGAGGCUCGCCGCUGGUCACACAUGACCUGCUGCGGUCAGCGCUGCCGGACUCCAUGGAGUCCGCCCUGGGUGGAGAUGAGAGAUGCGUGCUGGAUACCAUGCGGCUGGUGGACCUGCUGCUGGUGCUGCUGUUCGAGGGACGGAAGGCGUUGCCGAAGUCCACCGCCGGCGCAGCGGGCCGAAUCCCCGGACUGCGCCGUCUGGACAGCUCUGGGGAGCGGUCCCACCGACAGCUCAUCGACUGUAUUCGCAGCAAGGACACGGAUGCUCUGAUCGACGCCAUCGAUACAGGAGCCUUUGAAGUAAACUUCAUGGACGAUGUUGGACAGACGCUGCUCAACUGGGCUUCAGCUUUCGGCACACAGGAAAUGGUAAAGAAAUGGAAGCAGAGGAAUAACCCCCAGGUUUUCCUGCAGGAGGACGAGGUUCAGGAAGAUGCCAAGGAAGUCCAGCAGGGGAAGCCGUACCACUGGAGGGACUGGUCCAUCAUUCGGGGCAGAGACUGUCUCUACAUCUGGUCAGACGCCGCUGCCCUGGAGCUCUCCAAUGGUUCCAAUGGCUGGUUCCGAUUUAUUCUGGAUGGGAAGCUGGCCACCAUGUACUCCAGUGGGAGCCCAGAGGGGGGUUCUGACAGCUCUGAGUCUCGAAGCGAGUUCUUGGAGAAGCUCCAACGGGCCAGGAGUCAGGUCAAACCUGUAACAGCCAGCCAGCCCAUCCUCUCCGUCGUCGGUCCCACUAAGCUGACGGUUGGGAACUGGUCUCUAACUUGCCUGAAAGAAGGAGAAAUCGCCAUCCAUAACUCGGAUGGACAGCAGGCUACUAUCCUGAAGGAGGACCUUCCUGGCUUCGUGUUCGAGUCCAACAGAGGAACCAAACACUCGUUCACUGCAGAGACGUCUCUGGGCUCUGAGUUUGUUACUGGCUGGACUGGGAAGCGGGGAAGGAAGCUGAAGUCCAAACUGGAGAAGACGAAGCAGAAGGUGAAGAGCAUGGCGAGGGAGCUGUAUGACGACCACUUCAAAGCCGUAGAGAGCAUGCCUCGAGGGGUGGUGGUCACUCUGAGGAACAUCGCCACGCAGCUGGAGUCUGCCUGGGAGCUGCACGUCAACAGACAGUGCCUGGAAAGUGAGAACUCAUGGAGGGAUCUGAUGAAAACUGCUCUGGAGAACCUGAUUGUGGUGCUGAAGGAUGAAAACACCAUUUCUCCGUAUGAAAUGUGCAGCAGUGGCCUGGUCCAGGCUCUGUUCACUGUUCUCAGUAAUAGUGCAGAGCUGGACGUGAAACUUGAUUGUAAGCCUUUAUUGGAGAGGAUCAACGUCUUUAAGGCGGCUUUCAGUGAGAAUGAAGAUAACGAAAGCCGACCAGCAGUUGCCUUAAUCAGAAAGCUGAUAGCUGUCCUGGAGUCCAUCGAGCGUCUACCUCUUUACCUUUACGACUCUCCAGGCUCCUCCUAUAACCUGCAGAUCCUGACAAGGAGGCUGCGUUUCCGUCUGGAACGAGCACCAGGGGAGACGGCUCUGAUCGACCGCACGGGUCGCAUGCUGAAGAUGGAGCCGCUGGCCACCGUGGAGUCUCUGGAGCAGUACCUUCUAAAAAUGGUGGCGAAGCAGUGGUACGACUUUGAGCGCUCGUCGUUUGUUUUUGUGAGGAAGCUGAGGGAAGGGCAGACCUUUACCUUCAGACAUCAGCAUGACUUUGAUGAGAACGGCAUCAUCUACUGGGUCGGAACAAAUGCAAAGACGGCGUAUGAAUGGGUCAAUCCUGCCGCCUACGGCCUGGUGGUGGUGACGUCCUCAGAGGGGCGGAACCUCCCUUAUGGGCGUCUGGAGGACAUCCUCAGUCGGGAUAGCUCCGCUCUCAACUGCCACACCAACGAUGACAAGAACGCCUGGUUUGCUAUUGACCUCGGCCUGUGGGUCAUCCCAUCAGCGUACACUCUGAGACACGCCAGAGGUUACGGUCGCUCAGCGCUGAGGAACUGGGUUUUUCAGGUCUCAAAGGAUGGUCAGAACUGGUCCACUCUCUACACACACAUAGACGACGGCAGCCUCAAUGAGCCGGGGUCAACAGCCACGUGGCCUCUGGACCCGUCCAAAGAUGAGAAGCAGGGCUGGAGGCAUAUUAGAAUCAAACAGAUGGGGAAGAAUGCGAGCGGUCAGACUCACUACCUAUCUCUGUCUGGGCUGGAGCUGUACGGCACGGUCACAGCCGUCUGUGAAGACCAGCUAGGUAAAGCUGUGAAGGAGGCCGAGGCGAACCUUCGCCGCCAGCGCAGACUUUUCCGUUCUCAGGUCAUGAAGUACAUCGUCCCAGGGGCGCGGGUCGUUCGUGGUAUUGACUGGAAGUGGCGCGAGCAAGAUGGAAACCCCCCUGGAGAGGGAACAGUCACUGGAGAGGCUCACAACGGCUGGAUUGAUGUAACCUGGGAUGCUAGCGGAUGCUCUAACUCUUACCGUAUGGGCGCUGAAGGGAAGUUUGACCUCAAGCUUGCUCCAGGGUAUGACCCUGAGUCGGCUGCCACAGCGCCAACACCCAAACCUGUCUCAUCCACUGUUUCAGGUCCCGCCUCAUCCACGGUGGGACCCUCUGUGACAGCAGCGGCCAUGGGCAGAACCAGCACCACAUCAGCAUCGUUGUCCUCCACCUCAUCUUCCUCCCAACAACCUUCUUGGAGCAGCCUGGUGAAAAAUAACUGUCCUGACAAAAUCGGGGCCAGCUCUUCUAGCAGGAAAGGAAGCAGCAGCUCGGUCUGCAGCGUGGCCUCAUCCUCUGACAUCAGUUUGAGCUCCUCUGCUGGGAUGCUUAGUGGAGGGAGUCUGAAGGCGGAGGGGCUGCUCCUUGACCAGGGGGUGGGCUCAGGAGGACUUUCUGGAGGACCAGGCUGUGAUGGACAUCAGCAGGAGCCUAUUGUGGUUCUGUCCUCGGCUGAGGCGGGAUGUGGAUCGGGGUCCAGCUCUGGGACGCUCACAGCGGACAUAUCUGUGACUGGAGAUGAGCACCAGUCCCCCACGACAACGGCUAGCACCGACCCAGCGACUGCCAUCUCCAUGGGACUGGUGAGUGUGAGCUCGCCGGACGUGAGCUCAGUGUCCGAGGCAUCCAGCAAGGACACGCACUCCCAGAGGCCUCUGUGCUCGGCAGCAAACACCCGGCUGUCCGUCAGCUCCCUGCUGGCCGCCGGCGCCCCCAUGAGUUCCAGCGCCAGUGUACCCAACCUGUCGUCCCGCGAGGCCAGCCUCAUGGAAUCCUUUGUUCGCCGUGCGCCCAACAUGUCCCGAACCAACGCCACCAACAACAUGAACCUGAGCCGCAGCAGCAGUGACAACAACACCAACACCUUGGGCAGGAACGUCAUGAGCGCUGCCACUUCUCCUCUCAUGGGCGCUCAGAGCUUUCCUAAUCUCACCACCACUGGCACCACCUCCACAGUUACCAUGUCAACAUCCAUAGUAACCAGCGGCAAUAACGUAGCCACAGCAACAACGGGUCUGUCAGUGGGACAGUUGCUCAGUAACACUCUGACCACGAGCCUGACGUCCACAUCCAGUGAAAGUGACACGGGACAGGAAGCAGAGUUCUCACUCUAUGAUUUCCUGGACAGCUGCCGAGCUAACACGCUGCUGGCUGAGCUGGACGACGAAGAAGACCUGCCUGAGCCCGACGACGAUGACGACGAAAAUGAAGACGACAAUCAGGAGGAUCAGGAGUACGAGGAGGUCCUGGAGGAGGAAGAGUACGAGACCAAAGGAGGACGCAGGAGGACGUGGGACGAUGACUUUGUCCUCAAGAGGCAGUUUUCUGCCUUGGUCCCAGCCUUCGACCCCCGUCCAGGAAGAACUAAUGUCCAACAGACCACCGACCUGGAGAUCCCCUCCCCUGGAACUCCUCGAUCCGAGGCCCGGGAGGAAGUGGAGUGCGCUCCUUCCCCUCACCUUGCACUGACACUCAAGGUUCCUGGUCUGGGUACCACCAGAGAGGUGGAGCUUCCUCUCUCCAGUUACAAGCUGACCAUUUUCUACUACGUUCAGCGGCUGCUGCAGCUCUCCUGCAGCGGCUCAGUGAAGACGGAUAAGCUGCGGCGCAUCUGGGAGCCCACGUACACGAUAAUGUACAGAGAGCUGAAAGACUCUGAUAAAGAGAAGGACAGCGGGAAGAUGGAGUCCCUUGAACACAGCUCAGGGGUCGGGGGUCGCUCCGGCGGUCUGAGUCCGAGCUCUCUGAUUGGCAGCCAGAGCAGCGAGAUCCUGGGCUGGGUCAGAGAGGCUGCCCAGGCUAAAGCUGGAUGCAGCCAGACCGCCUGUGGGAUGGAGGACGUCCUGCAGCUGCUGCGUAUCCUCUACAUCAUCGGAAGCGACACGGCCUCUAACGCACGCACGCUGCAGGAGGAUGUUGAGGAGCUGCAGUUCAAUGCAUCACCAGAGGAGUUCACCAGCAAGAAGAUCACCACCAAGAUCCUGCAGCAGAUCGAGGAGCCUCUGGCGGUGGCCAGCGGGGCGCUGCCUGACUGGUGUGAACAGCUCACGUCUAAAUGUCCGUUCCUGAUCCCCUUUGAGACCAGACAGCUGUACUUCACCUGCACGGCUUUCGGAGCUUCCAGGGCCAUCGUCUGGCUCCAGAACCGACGGGAGGCAACCAUGGAGCGUUCACGGCCCUCAACCACAGUGCGGAGGGACGACCCUGGAGAGUUCAGGGUGGGCCGGCUCAAACACGAGCGGGUCAAGGUCCCCCGAGGAGACGCCAUGAUGGAAUGGGCGGAGUCAGUCAUGCAGAUUCACGCCGACAGGAAGUCUGUGCUAGAGGUGGAGUUUCAGGGCGAGGAGGGAACUGGUCUGGGUCCGACGUUGGAGUUUUAUGCUCUGGUGGCGGCAGAGUUCCAGAGGACGUCUCUGGGUAUCUGGCUGUGUGAUGACGACUUCCCUGACGACGAGUCACGACAGGUGGACCUGGGUGGGGGUCUGAAGCCUCCUGGUUUCUAUGUGCAGCGAUCCUGCGGGCUGUUCCCGGCCCCCUUCCCACAGGACAGCGAGGAGCUGGAGCGAAUCACCAAACUCUUCCACUUCCUGGGGAUCUUUCUGGCCAAGUGCAUCCAGGACAACCGACUGGUGGACCUUCCAGUGUCUCAGCCCUUCUUCAAGCUGCUCUGCAUGGGGGACAUCAAGGCAAACAUGAGCAAGCUGCUGUACCAGUCGCGCAGCUCUCCUCCGGGUCACGUCUCGGAGCGAGCCCACCUGCUGUCCGAGGUGCAGUCGGAGGCGUCCACUGAGGAGAGCCAGGAGACCUACUCCGUGGGCAGCUUUGAUGAGGACUCCAAGUCAGAGUUCAUCAUGGACCCCCCCAAACCAAAACCCCCCGCCUGGUACCAUGGCAUCCUAACCUGGGACGACUUCCAGCUGGUCAACCCUCACAGAGCAACUUUCCUGAAGGAGGUCAAAGAUCUGGCUGUGAGGAGGAGACAGAUUUUGUCCAGUAAGAGUUUGUCGGAGGACGAGAAGAACACUAGACUGCAGGACUUGAUGCUGAGGAACCCCAUGGGCUCCGGACCCCCCCUUAGCAUCGAGGACCUCGGGUUAAACUUUCAGUUCUGUCCAUCAUCCAAGGUUCAUGGCUUCUCCGCUGUAGACCUCAAACCAAAUGGAGACGACGAGAUGGUGACGGUGGAGAACGCGGAGGAGUACGUGGAGCUGAUGUUUGACUUCUGCAUGCACACCGGGAUCCAACAGCAGAUGGAGGCCUUUAAAGAGGGUUUUAAUCGAGUGUUCCCGAUGGAGAAGCUGAGCUCCUUCAGCCAUAAAGAGGUGCAGAUGGUCCUCUGCGGCAACCAGUCACCUUCCUGGAACGCUGAUGACAUCAUCAACUACACAGAACCAAAGCUGGGUUACACCAGAGACAGCCCCGGAUUCCAGCGCUUUGUCCGAGUUUUAUGUGGAAUGUCGUCUGAUGAGAGGAAGGCCUUCCUGCAGUUCACCACCGGCUGCUCCACCCUGCCCCCUGGUGGCCUGGCCAACCUACACCCACGCCUCACUGUAGUCCGGAAGGUGGAUGCCACAGACUCCAGUUACCCGUCAGUAAAUACCUGCGUUCACUACCUGAAGCUCCCUGAAUAUUCAUCCGAGGACAUAAUGAGGGAGCGUUUGUUAGCUGCCACCAUGGAAAAGGGCUUUCACCUGAACUGACCUGUGAAGAUGGCCACCGUCACACCGAGCAUGCGCCGAAAUCAUCUGUCCGUGUUGCCAGAGCAUCCAGCGGAGCGACGGCCUGCCUGCCGCAGGAGGACGCCUCAUGGAGAACAUCUGCAGCCCUCACACCUUUCACGCUUCCCUCCUGACGUCCAUGUGAGCAUCCAGGGCUUAGGUUUCCAGUCGAAUGCUGCAGGCUGGUGUGUUUGUUUGCAUUCACACACCGGUCCGUUCAGUUCAGUGCCUGGUUUUGACCCGGUUUGUUUUCAGUUCCUCCAUUAGAAGUUCCUGCUUGUUUUUCGUUUUCAUCUUUUUGUUUUCCCCUCCUUUCCAUUCGGCUGGUGAGUGAGUGUGGGCGUGUUUGUGUGCAGCAGUUUGGUUUGUUUCAGACCUGCUAAAAAGGUCAGAAUUCAGUUUUUUGGUGUUUCCUCUCUGAUUAAGCUAAAGAGAAAAAAAAACACUGAUUGUGUCUGAUGCACAUCUAUUAAAAAAAACAACUCUGCUCCCUGUAUUUUCUUUGUAUAUUGUAAACAUUUAUUUAACUGAAGUUGCAGUUUCAGGUAAACAAAUAUUUUCAAAUGUGUAUGCUCCAAAAAAGAUAAUCAAUAAAUUGUUU